AGGGUUUAACGCUUUUGGGUUUUGUCUCCGACUCGACGCGGAGGAGCGUUGUAGCACGGCAUCUCUCCUCAGAGUUGUAGUUGCAGGAUUGUUGAUUGGAAUUUUAGGAGCACAGGCCGAAUUAUUGCUAACGAGAGGAAGUGUAGUGUCAGUGACGUCCAUUUGAAUUGAUGUGAGAUUUUGAAGCCUGGUGAUUGCGGAGUCAGGGCUUUGGCCAUGGCGUCAGCGUUGAGUUACAAGAAAAAUUUCAAGGUUUCGCCUGCGUUGCAGCUAUUUUACACGGGAGGUCCUGUGGUUGUGUCGCCCGAUGAAAAAACUGUGGCAUGUGCUUGCACGGACGAUGUGAAGGUUGUGGAGCUCGCUACUGGGGUGGUUGUUAAAACGUUCAAGGGCGACACCGAGCCCAUCACUGCCAUUGUUUACAGUCCCGAUGGGAACACUCUAUUUGCUGCUAGCCGAAGUCUGCAGAUUAAACACUGGGAUUUGAGUUCCCAAGCUUGUCUACGUUCCUGGAAGGCACAUGACGCCCCUGUGGUAGCUAUGUCCGUGGACGCCUCGGGUGGGUUGCUUGCAACAGCGAGCGCUGAUCGAAGAGUGCUUGUCUGGGACAUAGAAGGAGGUUUCUGCACACACGCAUUCAAGGGUCACACGGGGGUGGUCUCAUGCGUUCAGUUUCACCCUGACAUCCACCGCCUUUUGCUUUUUUCAGGAAGCGAUGAUGGAACUGUUCGAGUUUGGGAUCUAGUCACGAAAACUUGUGCUGCAAUAUUGAACAAACAUUUCUCAGCCGUGACAAGCUUAGAUGUUUCAAGAAAUGGUUGGACAUUAGUGAGCGCUGGAAGGGAUAAGGUGGUGAAUGUGUGGAACUUACGAGACUACAGUUUACAGAUAGCUGUCCCUAUAUAUGAAGCUAUUGAAACAGUUUUGGUGCUUCCAGAGGGAUGUGGCCUACCAGGGUGUAGUAAUGAUUCCUCGGCUCAGAAAAAGAGUGGUCAGGCUUCACUAAAUUUAUUGACAGUUGGAGAGCGAGGAAUUGUUUCCGUUUGGAACACUGCAGGCGCUACCUGCUUGUACAAGCAGAAAGUUUCAGACGCAACAGUAAGUUCGAAACAGGAAGAUGCCAAGGGAGGUUUCGUUGCUGCGGCCUGGCUACCAUCUCAGGGUGAAGUAAUGUGUGUAACUGCAGAUCAACGUCUACUAUUUUACACGUCUGAUACUCAAGAAAAUGAUGAGAAAGAUUUGAAGUUAGCGAGGCGGUUGAUUGGGUACAAUGAAGAGAUCAUCGAUCUGAAGUUUCUGGGUGACGGUGACUCUUCACUGGCUGUAGCCACUAAUCUGGAACAGGUAAGGGUUUAUGAUAUGACAACUAUGACAUGCCAACAAGAACUAGUGGGCCAUACCGACAUAGUGUUAUCUCUGGACUCUUGUGUAACUACUGCAGGUGUACCCCUGUUGGCGUCUUCCUCGAAAGAUCACUCGGUGAGGAUUUGGAAUGCUUCAACUGGGUCUUGCUUAGCUGUUGCAGCUGGACACAUGGCAGCAGUUGGAGCAGUUGCCUUUUCCAAAAAGAAAAAGAAUUUUGUAGUCAGUGGUAGCAGUGAUCGCACGAUAAAAUUUUGGAAUAUUGAAGCUCUGGUCGCAGCAGAGGACAUCACGGAGGUCGUGAAACUCUCUUCACAGGCUGUUGCAGCAGCUCAUGAAAAAGAUAUCAAUUCUUUAGCUGUUGCCCCUAACGACAGCCUUUUAUGCAGUGGUUCACAGGAUCGAACUGCUAAAGUUUGGAGGCUUCCUGGAUUAACUCCAGUAUUCACGCUGAAAGGGCAUAAGCGAGGAGUGUGGUGUGUGGAGUUCUCCCCAGUAGACCAGGCUGUUCUUACAUCAUCGGGAGACAUGAAAAUUAAGAUUUGGUCACUUGUUGAUGGCUCGUGCUUGAAAACCUUCGAAGGACACACUGCCAGUGUAUUGAAGUGUUCAUUUAUUACUCGAGGAACACAGCUGGUUUCUGCAGGAGCCGAUGGUUUGGUGAAGCUGUGGACCAUCAAGACUAAUGAAUGUGUCAACACCUUUGAUCAUCAUGAAGACAAGAUAUGGGCUCUAGCUGUUAGUUCAGGUACGGAAAAGUUGGCAACUGGUGGCGGUGAUUCAGUGGUCAACAUGUGGACAGAUUGCACGGUUGAUGAUGAAGAAGAAGCUAUACGUCAAGAGGAAGAGGAAGCGCUGAAAGACCAAGAUCUAUCAAAUGCCCUGGCGGACACAGAUUGGGUCAAAGCAGUACAGUUAGCAUUUGAACUUCGACGGCCUUUUAGAGUGUUAAAAGUUUUCACUGAAUUAUUAGGGAGUGAAGGGGCCGAUGUUCACACUCGGCAGAUAUUGCAGUCGCUCGAUAAGGAUUAUUGGAAACUUAUGUUAGAAUACAUUCGUGACUGGAAUACAAAGCCAAAAUCCUGUCAUGUGGCGCAGCGUGUUCUGCAUGAAUUCUUCUCUGUGGUCCCUGUGUCGAAAAUAGUGGAGAUACCUCAAGUGCGAGAACUUAUGGAAGGAAUAAUUCCAUAUACCAAGCGUCACUCUAGCAGGAUCGACCGACUUUCUCGGAGCAUUUUCCUACUGGAUUACACGUUAGCUCGGAUGAACGUGCUUAUACCUGUGGACAACUUAUCUGGGCCUGAAAUCAAAGAUGCAGCAGAUUUGACGCAGGGAACAAGUUGGCCAAUUGUUGAAAAUUUGAAUCGAAUGGACGUUAGUUUGGAGGAAAAGGAGACAACAAUGACAGAUGCUAAUGGUGUUCAUGAUGGGAAAACUUUCGAUCAAACCGAGGAUGAGAUGGUUGACGCAUUUGUAGAGAAUGGUAGAGAAGCAGAUGCUAACUGUAAGAUUAAAAAUGUUGAAAAUGGCUCAAAAUCAUCCAAAUCCAAAAAGAAAAGAAAAGGCGCCGGAGGGUCGGCCGAUGAGAAAGUGGCGGUGGAGGAUGGUCUACGAACACCUGAACCUAAUUCAGGCAAGAAGAAAAAGACUUCAUCGCAAGUGCUUUUAAACUCAGAUGCACCUGAGGCUGUAGUAGAGGUUGAGCCAACAAGGGAUGGUUUGACCGAAAACGGUGGUGACAAAAACGACUCUGCAGGUGAUGAUGAUGCUACUCCAGUACAAGUAAGUAAUACUGGGACUAAGUUAGGUAGGAAGAAGAAGAAAAGCGUAGGUGCACGGAGAAAGUCUCUCAGUUCCAGAUAAGAACAAUUUCCUCUGUAACGUCAGUUAAUCGCAAAGCAGUAUGGCACUGUUUUUUGGCCACUAAUGCUUUGGUUAUGAUCAUAAUAUUCGUCCCAGCAAACUUUUUGAUACCUUAGGACUGAUUAUUGGUUUAGUUUUCUUGAAUCAAUCACGCGCCUCGCUUAUUUGCGACCCCGCAUCAAAUCUUUGCCCAA